UAGGAGGUUCUCAUUUCGCUCAGAGCUGCAGCAUUGUCCUGUCUCUUCACUCACAGCUACUCUUGCCGAGGAUGAUGGACCUGAAGCUCUUGUUUUUCUCUGUUAUACUUCUGUGCACUUCCCAGCUGUUUGCAACGGGAAAAAGUGCCCUGAAGUCCCAUCAUCGCAAAGAUGUGGUUCUCAGAACAAACAAGGAUGAACUACUGUUCGACAACAGACUCUUCAUGGAAGCUAAAAAACCAAAGAAAAAGGUUGUGACAGCAACAGAUUAUGACAGCCCAGGUGAUCUGGACCGUGUCUCCGAUGGAGGUCCUAAAGGCGAUGAGGAGCUUCCCACUUGCCUGCUCUGUGUAUGCCUGACGGGAUCAGUGUACUGUGAAGAGGUCACUCCUGAUUUGACCAGCGUGCCUGCCCUGCCGAAGGAGACUGCAUAUCUCUAUGCACGCUACAACAAGAUCACCAAGAUAACAAAUAAAGACUUUGCUGACAUUGCUACCCUGAAGAGAAUCGACUUGACGGGCAAUCUCAUCUCUGACAUCGAUGAUGGCGCGUUCUCAAAGCUUGACAACCUAGAAGAGCUCACACUGUCUCAAAACAAACUAACCAAGUUGCCGAUGUUGCCACCAAAACUCUCUGUAUUCAAUGCCAAUUUCAAUUUACUGAAAACCAAAGGUGUAAAGGCAACAGCCUUUAAGAAACUGCCCAAACUGGCAUAUCUCUACUUGGCCAAUAAUGAACUUGAAGCAGUCCCACCGCUGCCAGAGUCUCUGCACAUUGUGCAUCUACAGAACAACAACAUAACAUCUGUGACUGACGAGACAUUUUGUAAGGGCAACAACACACACUACAUCAGGUACAACUUGGAAGAGAUUCGACUGGAAAACAACCCUGUUGAAUUGGCCAAGUACCCACAGAGCUUCAUUUGCCUACGGUCUCUACCAUUCGGACUAUACUAGUAGUCAGGUGACAGAGGGGGGAGGAGAGACAGUAACUCUCCUCUACUCUGAUUUCUAGGUAGGAUCAGUGUCAACGUAAGUAUUAUUUUUGAAGGAAUAAAGGCUGAAAAUGGUCAUAGUGUGACAUGACAUCGAAAGUAAGCAUGUUGAUUUACAAGUAUUAGUCAUUGCAUUAUGUGCUAUAUGUUCGAAUAGCAUGUGUAUAAGCAGGUGAUUUUAUAACUUGAAAUAGCAGCUACUAAUCUUUGGCAAGACACUCCUGUAUAAGUUUAUUUCCAGUGUCUUUGUGGUGUGGCCUGGGAUGGUUAUUGAUCCGCCUAAUAUGGAAUUGCAUCUGUUAUUUUACUUGACAACAGAGGCCUAAACAUCUGUUCAGAAGCAUUUGAUGUGGAUCUUAUUUCUAAUAUUGUUUCGCACUAAGACAAUUCACAGAACUGUAUCUUUCGCUUUACAUUUUUUUUAUUAUUGUACUAUUUUUGUUAUUGUAACCAUAAUUUUACCAAUACUGAGGCUUGUCUGAACGGACAUAUCAUUUAGGUUCAAUUUAGGUUGGGUUCAGUUGUUGAGGUGACAUGUGUAUGCCAAGAGGGACCAUAUAACUUGGGCCAUGUUAAAUAAAACUUGAAGUGCCUUAAUAA